ACUAAGAUGUCGUCCCCGCUGGCAAGCGUACGUGUCGUAUUGCUAGACAUAGAGGGAACUGUAUGUCCUAUCUCCUUUGUGAAGGACAUUUUGUUCCCCUAUUCUCUGCAAGCGCUGCCUGAGACCCUUGACAAGAACUGGGACACGCCUGAGUUCGCUUCGUACCGCAACGCCUUUCCUGAACCAGCAGCCUCAUCCAGGACCGACUUUGAAGCCCACGUCGUUGACCUCGUCAAUCGCGAUGUUAAGGCACCCUACUUGAAAGCCCUCCAAGGGUAUCUAUGGAAAAGGGGGUACGAAUCUGGACAAAUCAAGGCGCCACUCUUCCCAGAUGUGGCGCCAACUAUGGCUGCUUGGGUCACGACCGGGAUGAAGGUGAUGAUCUACUCUUCGGGGUCUGUCCCUGCUCAGAAACUUCUCUUUGGCCACACCGACUCUUCUCCUUCGAGCCUUAUUCCGCUCAUCUCAGACUGGUUUGACACCGUCAAUGCUGGUCCCAAGACGGAGUCCAGAAGUUACGCCAUCAUCAUGUCCCAUCAUCCGAAUGUCAAACCCCACGAGUGGCUUUUCCUGAGUGACAACCUCGCUGAGGUUUCUGCCGCCCGGGAAGCUGGGAUGCAAAGCCUCCCCGUUGUUCGUCCGGGGAACGCUCCUUUGCCAGAGGAUGAUCCAUUAGCAGCGAAUGCCGUGCGGGACUUCAGAGAUCUGGCCGCAUUAAGGGAUGGAUCGCCAUGA